AUGGAGGGAGAUGUGACAAGUGUGGUGCUGCUCGUCGCCAUGACCAAGAAGACGUGUCUCCCGGGAAGCAAAUGGGACAACCUUGUCAACGAUUGUGUUUCCAGCAGCCUAGAGACCAGACCUCAACCUCCCACGCCAACAGAGCUCACCUCCACAUUCACACCUGCAGACGUCCACUCGGACCCGCUGACGGCUCUGAGUCCGGUCCUGUGGGUGGUGCUGAUGUUCACCACCCUGGCCUUCGUCUUGGCUCUGCUCGUCUGCUUUGUGAUGGACAGACGACAGAGCAGACUACACACGACCUCAGAGCAAACAGAAGCUGAAGCACAGACCUCAACCUCCAAGACCUCAACCUCCAAGACCUCACCCUCCAAGACCUCACCCUCCAAGAGCAGCACUGCUGCUGCCUGCGCCCACCAUCCUCAUUCUCAUCUUCAUCACCAGGAGUGGCGUGACGGACUCCACCAUUGUGGCUGUGCAGGGUGGGGCCAACCAGCCCGGGAGGAAGAAGGUGUGUUGGUGUGCUGGCCGGCCAGGGAGCACAGAGUUCCACUUCCUGCCACGGAGCUGGGGGACACCGCCUUGGUGACCACCAAGACUGUGUAGAAGAAGACCACUUCCUGAUGACCUCACUUCCUGCCACGGAGCUGGGGGACACCGCCUUGGUGACCACCAAGGCUGUGUAGAAGAAGACCACUUCCUGAUGACCACAACUUAGAAAAUAAAGCAGUUGCUCCAGACGGUCUCCUCAAACAGAUAAGUGCUAAGUUGUGAAGUGAAGUGAAGUGAAUUAUAUUUAUAUAGCGCUUUUCUCUAGUGACUCAAAGCGCUUUACAUAGUGAAAACCCAAUAUCUAAGUUACAUUUAAACCAGUGUGGGUGGCACUGAGAGCAGGUGGGUAAAGUGUCUUGCCCAAGGACACAACGGCAGUGACUAGGAUGGCGGAAGCGGGAAUCGAACCUGCAACCCUCAGGUUGAUGGCACAGCCACUCUACCAACCGAGCUAUACCGCCCCAAGUUCUCCUCAAACUUUCUUAC